AUGGCUGAAACUGCCAUUCAACUUCCCUACCUCUCAACUCACUAUGCGGUUUCCGAAUCAACGCUCACGACCUUACGGCAGGCCCCAACUGUCGAGCUGGUGGAUCAACUUUUACGGUCAAUCAGUAAAAAGGCUCAAGAAUCCGAUGAGCUGAAGUCUGACAAGCUUCGCCUGGAGGUAGAGCUUGAGAAUUCUGUGCGAAGCAAUGAGUCGAAGGUCAAGGUCCUGAAAGCCAGCGUGGAAAAGGGACACGCCGAGGUCUCAGACCUCAGGCAAAAGCUCCACGAAUCCGAAACGACGCGCUCCUCGCUCGAGAGUGAGAUUUCUACAUUGAAAACGUCGACAUCUUCAAAUGAAUCAGAAACGACGUCUUUAAAGGCGCGGAUCUCCUCCCUAGAGGCAUCGAAUAGGGACACAUUGAGCUUGCUGGAAUCGAAAUCCGCGGCCUACGAUAAACUGGCCGAGGAGCUUUCGCUUCAGCACAAGAAGACCAUCGAAUUACGACGUGAACUCUCCACCGCGGAGCAAAAUCUCCAGAGUGCCAAUGCGGCAUCUGCCAGCGCCCGCUUCCGCGAACAGAGCCUUCAGCAAGAACUGGAUCUCACUAAAAAGAACAACGAAUGUUCCGCAAAGAAAAGGGUGCUCGGAUCUCGGAGCUUCAGCGAGAAGAACGAAGAAGCAAACUCGACAAUUGACUCUCUUCGACGGAGUGAGAACUCGCUCAAGAGUCGCCUAGACGAAACAGAGCAGCGGUACGAAACCUCUCUGGCUAGCAUUCAUCAGUUGAAAGAGGAAGCGAUCCAGGCAACCGAAUCCUUCCGCAUCGAGCUCGACAGCUCUAACCGACUGGCUGAGCUACAAGGAUCUGCUGCCCAGACAGCCAAGCAACGGGUGCAAGAAUGCCAACUUGCCCUCGAAAAGGCAAAGGAUGACGCAGCGCAGGAAAUUUCACGCCUUCGUGUGGAGCUUGAGACGGAGUCCAACGACAAGAGUGCUGCGGAGCGCCGAAUUGGCGAGCUGGAGGCACUUGUUGCCCAGCUUGAGUGCACCCAGUACACCUCUACGAUCAAGCAUCAUGCGCGCUGGCACUCCCACCGGCUCGUUCUCCCCCGCGCAUCUCGUGGCAAGGGUGGUAUGAACGUCACGCAGAUGUACGCCGAGUACGACAGAAUGCGCACCGCUCUUGCAGCUGAGCAGAGAACCUGCCAGGAACUCCGCAAUACCGUUGACGAGAUGGUUCUUGAGCUUGAUUCGACCAGACCAGAAAUUGAAGAGGGACGAGCAGAACAAACCCGUCUCGACCAUGCUGUUGUGGAAAUGUCUACUCUCCUCGAAGCGGCUGGGAAGGAACGGGAUGCCGCUCUCAAGGAAGCUAGGAAAUGGCAAGGUCAAGUCGAGGGCUUGGCUCGCGAGGGUGACAUUCUGCGCCAACAACUCCGCGAUCUGAGUGCGGAAGUCAAGGUUCUUGUCCUGGAGGUUGCUGUCGCAAAACACGGUGAAGAAUACGACCGCGAGGAGCUCGAGAGAAUCGCCCGUGGGGAAGUCGAAGAGUCGUCAAAGGAUCUCAAUGAAACUGGCCGCUUUAUCAGCAAGCACCUCACUACUUUCAAGGAUCUUCACGAGCUCCAAGAGCAGAACCACACUCUUCGACGUAUGUUGAGAGAACUUGGUGACAAGCAGGAGGGUGACGAGGCGCAAGCCAAGGAAGCUACGCGACGAGCGGAAAUGGACGAGUUGAAAGAGUUGCGGAUCCGUGCGCAGACAAACCGCGAUGAGAUUGCGAACCUCAGUGCACAGAUGCAGAGUUACGUCAAGGAGCGCGACACUUUCCGCAGUAUGCUCAUGCACAGGAAGCCAACCGGCGACGACCCGUCUGUUUUCUCGCAAUCCAUGCCUCUUGGUGCAGCGCCUCAGGGAGCCAUGGAAACACCAGGACCUGACUACGCCGAGUUACUCCGAAAAGUUCAAGCUCAUUUCGAUACUUUCCGUGAAGAAACGACCACAGAUCACAAAGCACUGCGACAACAGGUCAACGAGCUGUCUCGUAAGAACAGUGAGCUUAUGUCUGACAUCAGUCGGUCGAGCAGCCAGCUUGCUGCUGCUUCCCAACGUGCAGAGCUCCUGCAGAGUAACUUCAAUAUGCUCAAGAAUGAGAAUACCGAGAUCCAGAAGCGCUAUUCUGCUCUCUUCGAAAAUGCCAACCGACAGGAUCUCCGCACCCAGCAGGCUGCUGAAGACCUUGUGGAGGCUAAGGGUCUUGUUGAGAGCCUUCAGAGAGAAAAUGCCAACCUGAAGGCCGAGAAGGACCUUUGGAAGAACAUUGAGAAGAGACUCAUCGACGACACUGAAAAUCUGCGCAAUGAACGUAGUCGUCUAGACUCAUUGAAUGCAAACCUCCAGACCAUUCUUAACGAGCGUGAACAAGCCGACUCCGAAAGCCGACGCCGACUCCAAGCCAGUGUCGAGUCGCUCGAAACCGAACUGCAGUCGACAAAGCGCAAGCUCAAUGAUGAAAUAGAGGAAUCCAAGAAGGCUAGCAUGCGCCGGGAGUAUGAACAGGAGACAUCACAAAAAAGGAUUGAUGAUCUGGUCACCAGCUUGGGCGCAGUCCGCGAAGAGCUGGUUGCUGCCAAGACCACCCGGGAUCACCUACAGUCCCGCGUGGAUGAGCUUGCAAUCGAGCUCAAGAGUGCCGAAGAGCGUCUGCAGGUCUUGAACUCGCGACCAAGCGUGUCAGCCGGUACCACCGAGGGACCUAAUGAGGGUCUCCAGCCUGCAGAAGGAGGCGGUCUUUCUCGCGAGCAGGAACUUUCAAUCGAAGUUUCCGAACUGAAACGGGACCUGGAACUGGCCAAGGGUGAACUAGAACACGCUAAGCAACUGGCCGAAGACUACCAGGCCAUCAGCCAAGCCAGUGAAGAACGUCUGGAGUCCGCCACAGAGACCCAUGAUCAAUACCGCGAAGAGACCGAUCGUCUUGUGGAGGAGAAGAACAAGAAGAUUCAGGACCUCGAAAGUCGCAUUGAGGAGAUCUCAGCUGAACUGUCCACCUCCAACACCGAAAUGACCAAGCUCCGUGAAGAGCAAGCGGAAGCGACUCGCCGUCUGGAUGAACAGAAGGCCAACUUCGAGUCGGAAAUUACCCGUCUCAAGGCCGACAAUGAACGGCAUGUCACCGCCGCGCAGUACCACCAGGAGGACCUGAAUGCGCAGGCCGAAAUCGCAAAGCAUGCUCAACAGAACUAUGAGACCGAGCUGGUUAAGCACGCCGAGGCGGCCAAGAAUUUACAGGCUGUCCGUGCAGAGAGCAACCAGCUCAGGCUCGACAUCGCUGAGCUGCGAACCAAAUCCGAAGGCUACAAGGCUGAUUUGUCUCAGAAGGAAGAAAGCUGGGCGGAACGACGAGCCGCAUACGAGGGUGAGCUAUCCGAAUUACAGAAGCGUCGGGAGGAGGUCCUUCACCAAAAUUCGGUGCUUCACACCCAGCUUGAAAGCAUCACCGGCCAGAUUUCGUCCCUGCAACGGGAUCGAAUGAAUGUUUCGGAUGAUGAGCAAGAGGGAGACCAGGCAGCCCCUAAUCUCGAGGGCCUACAGGAGGUUAUCAAAUUCUUGCGCCGCGAGAAAGAAAUUGUCGAGGUUCAAUACCACCUUUCGACCCAAGAAAGCAAGCGACUCAACCAGCAACUCGACUACACUCAAUCGCAGCUUGAUGAGACCCGCCUGAAGCUUGAGCAGCAGCGCCGUGCUGCGGCCGACAGCGACCACAACGCGUUGAACCACAGCAAGCUGUUGGAGACUAUUAAUGAGCUCAACGUUUUCCGUGAAAGCAACGCCACUCUCAGAAACCAACUGAAACAAACCGAGGCCGUGCGUGACCAAAAGAUCGCCCGCGAGAAUGAGCUGGUCCAGGAGAUCGAACCCCUCAAGACCAGGAUCCACGAGUUGGAGAGCCAGAGUGAAGCCAAGGAUGGAGAAAUGCAGCUUCUACAGGCCGAUCGCGACCGAUACCAGCAGCGUAUUCAGAACAUCCUUCAAAAGUACGACCGUGUCGAUCCUACUGAAAUGCAAGAGCUGAAGGAGAAGCUCACGACCCUCGAGAACGAAAAGACAGAGGCCGUGUCCGAGCGGGAAGCUCUCCAGACUCAGAUGGAGUCGCUUCAGGCUCAAAUCGCUGCGUUCCCCGAGCAGCUUAAGCAACAUUCGGAUGAACGUGCGCAUGAUUUGCGAUCCAAGCUCACAGAGCAAUUUAAGGCACGCUCUAAAGACCUUAGCGCGCGUGUUAAGGCCAAGCAAGAUGAGCUCAAUGUGGUGUUGCAGGAGAAAGAGGUCAUCCAAACGGAGCUUCAGACUACAAAGAAGGAAUUGGAGGAGUUGAAGACCAAGGUUGCGGAGGCGCCAGCCAACGUCUCACCUACUCCAGCUCCGGCUCAAGCUCCGGCUCCAGCUCCAGCUGCAGCUGCAGCUGCAGAAGAAGAAGCCUCCGUCAACGCUACUCCAGCUUCGCAAUUCCCAACCGCAACAGUCGCAAUCCCUGGUCCUGGUGACGCUCAAAAGAUACAAGCCCUUGAACAGAAGAUCCAGCGUCUCGAGGCGGCUCUUGCCGAGAAGGAUGGACUUCUGGCGACACAGGCCAGCGAACAAGAUGCGAAGAUCAAGGAACGCACUGAUCGCCUUAAGGAUAUGUACAACACUAAACUGAACGAAGUCAAGGCUGCUCAUCGUCAAGAAAUUGAGAAACUGUCCGCCGGUGAACGAUCUAUACCUGGAACACCUGGUGCCGGAACACCUGGCGCGGGCCCGGAUGCAACCCCUGCAACGCCAUCAAAAACGUUUGAGCUUGCUGGGUUUACUCUUCCCGAGUUGACAGAUGCUCAAGCAAGGGAGCUCGUCGCGAAACAUGAGACUAUUCGCACAAUCGUCAGAAAUAACAUUCGCGGUGGGGUCGCUCGCGAGCAGCAAAAGCUUCAACAAGAAGCUCAAGCCUCCGGUGCUAAUGAAGCUGCAUUGGCUGGCCUGCGACAGAAGUCGGCUGACGAAAAGGAGGCCUUGAUAAAGGCACAUGAGAAUGAAAUCAAGGAGAAGGUCACCUCAGCGGUCGAACUUGUGGAAAAGAAAACAGCUGCCCGCCUCAGCAUGCUUGACACAAGAUUCCGAACUGCAAAUGCCAAGAUCGAUGUGGUAUCGAAGGCUGCCACGGAAACCCCUCAAAAGCCCGUUGUGGAAGUGUGGGAAAUUGCAAAGACUGCCCGGCCUGCACCGGUCGCGGUUCCAGCUGCUAAGCCGCCCGUACCAGGAGCGACCCCAGCUCAAGCUGCUGCUCCCGCUCCGACUCUAGCGGCGCCGCAAGUCCCAGUUACAGCCACCUCGGGCCCUGUCCCUGCGCCAGGCCCUGCCCCUGCUUCUGCCCCUGCCUCUGUCCCUGUGGCAGCAGCCCCGAAUAUGCCAACGGAGCAAGUCGCACCUCCCAAUGCGGCCCCGGAACCCCCUGCCACGCAGCAAGGCUCAGCACAGCCCACAGCACCUGUGAAUCCGUUCGGCCAAGUUCAGCAAACCGACCAAAACCAGCAGGCCUCUUCUCUCCCUAGCAAACCUCCCGCUGGAAACCCACCUGGUCUGAUGCGAGCUCUUCAAUCUGGACUUCCUGUUGCACGAGGCGGACGUGGCGGACGUGGUGGUGGCCAGCAAUUCGGCCAUCAACAACAUGACCAACAGCAGCAGCAAGGCCAAGGUCAGAACCAGCGCGGCCCCGGUCUUCAGCGAGGUCGUGGCGGCCGUGGCGGACAAGGUCGCGGUGGUAAUCAGAAUCAGAAUACCGCUGCCCAGGCUCAGAGUCCCACUGCCAACCGUGGCAAUCUGAAUGCUUCGGCUCGUCAGUUCAUUCCAGGGGGCAACAAGCGCUCUCGUGAUGACGGCCCCGACACUACCCCCGAGGGUGGAAGCGGCGGCAAGAGACAGAGAGGCGGUGGUGGCCCGCAGCCUCGUGGUGGUGGCUCUUCUUAA